ACGCCGCAGUUCUUCAAUUGCCCCGCCUGCAGUCCAGAGAUGCUUGCAGUAUCAGUGGAUGGUAAUCGCAAGCUUUAUAGAUUCAAAUCAAAUUCAAGCACUCAAGAGCCAGGACAUUUUGAUGAUGUUUUUAUUCAAAAUGAUGAGGAGGUAGCCAAGUUUGUUGAAUACAUCCACACACAAACAAAACAUGUGGUUCAGCAGUGUCCUGAGCACAGGAAUCUGCUGUCCAUGCGCCCCUUUCUUUCAGUUAUGCAUGCGAAGGCACACUCUGGGAAAUGCGAGAUCAAAUGGGGAGGUGCGUUCCAGGAAGGUGCGGGUUCAACUAUCGGAGAAGAGGUUGAACAGGUAAACAGUUUCCUGUCUAGGGCAGCCAUCACCACAAAGUACAUGUCUAAAGCAGGACGAAAAGACAUGCUUACCCUCUUGGCGUUAGGGUGGAAUGAAAGGAAGUUGGAAAACCUGAGUCACACUUUAAGCCAGAGAUACUUAAAGACUGUAAGGAUACUCAAAGAAGAUCUGGACAGCCUGAAUGCUGCAAAAAAGGAGCUUGGCAUUGAUGAUGACACAGUGCAGCUGUGGGUGGCUGAUGUGCAGAAGUGGGCAGAGGAAACUGAUCAAAGUGAUGGUAGCCUUGGUGCACUACAGGCACGGAUAGAGGAGCUGGCUGUCCUCGUCAAAGUACGCAGCCUAAACCUUUACAAACAAACAGAUAGCAACAAGAGGCGACAUAAUAUACGAAGAGUCAUUUUAAAAGACAAAAAACGCCUGGCAGCAGCUAUUGCUGAGUACAAUCAUCUGGCUGAACCGUCUGGACAAAUUGUGUCCACUGAUGGCAUUAUCCAGACUGACACGUGGCCUUGGCGAAGUGAAAACCUUCACACCAAAAGGAUGGUAUUUGAUAAGUUUAUGGCUGUGCAACGCCUGAAGGAGGAAGAAGUAAUCCUCUGUAAGGAAAUGCUGCAACACUGGAUAGCACUAAAGACACAAUACUUGACACUGGGAGCCCUUUCUUCAAACUCCUCUCUUGUUGACCUCUCUGAGGAUGCCCAAAAAGGACUGCAGUGUCUGGUUCAUAAGAGGCUCAGCAAACUGAAAGCAGAAAUGCGUUUAGUCAAGGGCCAUUACAACACUAUCCUGAAUGAUAACUCACACCUGGAGAUGGAGGACCUCGGUAAGCUGAAAUACAAGUUUCAACAAGAGUAA